UGGCCUCCCAAAGGGCUGGGAUUACAGGUGUGAGCCACCGCCUGUUCUGCCAAUCUUCUGGUCUCUAUUUUAACAUUAAUGCUGAUCAGUUGUCGUGUCUAAACCAAGGCAGUAUAAAAAAAAAAAAAAAAAAAGGCAUGUCUGACCUCUCAUUCCGUCAUAACCAGGAACUUGGUUUUUAAGUUGUUCUGGGAUCCCCUUGGCUCAGAUGGGGUCUGUUCAGUCUAUGGUGGGCUUAGGAUUUUAUAUUAGUUUACACAGUGUAGUCCUAGGAUGCUGCAGACGACACCUGCACAACACACUUGGGUACCACCUACUCGUUCUCAGCAAAUUUCUGUUCACGGAGAGCCUUAAAAGAAAAAAAAAAAAAAAAAAAAAAAAGUUGUGUGCAGUAUUUUACCCUUAGAGUUCUACAAACAUCCAUUUAACUUGCUCAAGAACAUUUUAUUGGUGUUCUUUGUGUUGGAAUAUUCUAAUCGAGAAUUUCCCCCAGUUUCCAGUUGGGGCAUUACAUGUGACACCCAUGAGUUAAUACUAUCAGAGCUGUUCCCCCAACACCAUUUUAGCUUUGUUUCAACUCUUCAUUCAAUAAAUCUUCAAUGUUUCUUGCUCCAUAAUUAUAAUACUUUGAGUUGAGUUUCAUUUCCUCGUCUUUCCUCUUCCUCAAUUUUAGUAAAACGAAAAUUGACAGCAACAUCCAAUAACAGUGAAAUGAGUUUAAAUGCUGUAAGUAAUCGGCUUCCUAUCACAGAGAUGAGCAUUAGUUUCCUUGGAAGGACCCAGGAUUUUUACACCUCCAAGAAUCCUCAGUUGUACUUUCCUGGUAUUGUGGUGACACAGAGAAACUGAGUCAGGCCACCUAGUUCCUCAUCCUACCUUCAUUAACUAGCUUCCCGUUGACCUUGGGAAAGUCACUCAACUUCUCUAAAACUAAAAAAAAAGAGUUGAUAGGAGACCUCUAAGAUUCCUUUUAGUUCCUGUUUUAAUUCUUUUUAAAAAUAAAAAUAAAAAUUAAGAUUAAAAGAAAAUAUCCGGAAAAGACAAACUUGUUCCUCAUUUGAGCAGUCUUCCUGGUCUGCCUUUUUUGACGGAUAACACCUUCUUGAUUUAAUUCUCUGCUAGAAAUAUGCAUAGCCAUGCUCUUUCCAUACAGCCUAACAGCUCAUAAAAUGCACCUGCCAUUAAAAUGAUUUGCGUGACCCAUCUGGCGGCUGCUGAGCUGUUUAUGGUCCUAUCCGCUUUUCUCCAUCGUGUGGGUUUCUGUUUCUGCGACCGUCUUUCUGAGGUCGCUUUGUGCCACUGCCUUCUGGUGCUGUCGGGGCCGCCUCCACUCCGUCCUCCGGCUCUCAACAGCCGUCUCUGCGACUGGACACCUGCCUCGCAUUCCACACGAUCACCUUCACUACGGACAGUGUCUAAAAACAAGGAUGUGGUCCAGGCACCAGGGGGAGGGGCGUGUCACACACACCGUGUCUUACAAAGAGGAAAAAUAAGAGGUUCCCGCAAAAUGCUUGCGACUCUGGUACUUUUCAAAGUAACGCAGCCAGGCAGCGGGCCUUCCCCCGGCCCCUCGCUCUGGAUAGGGCUGCCAUUUUCAUCCUAGCUGUGAUUUAGACGCCUCCAACCUUCUAGUUUUCAGUUACCAGAGUCCCAUCUCCGCCCAGGUCCCGGGUCUGCAUGACGUAAUUUAUUGUGGCAACCAUUCCUGGAGGCUGCCCAGAAACCCAGUGCGUCCGGCCCGGGGUUUAAGCGCGGGAAGUGGGAGAGGAGGGUGGCGCCCGAGCGCAGGGGCAGGGGCGCAGGGCGCAGGAGCGCGGGACCACCGGCGCGGGAGCGCGGCAGGGAGCGCUCGCGGGGGCGCACAGCAGCCAAGCCCGCGGAGGAGGAGCGCGCGCGCGCAGCAUGGGCUGCGGACCUUCCCAGCCUGCUGAAGACCGCAGACGUGUACCCGCGCCCAAGAAGGGCUGGAAAGAGGGAUUCAAGGCUGAUGUCGGUGCGCCUCAUACUGGGGAAAAUUGCAGCCCCCAGAUGGAAGCUGCUCUGACCAAGAAUACUGUGGACAUUGCAGAAGGCCUGGAACAAGUCCAGAUGGGAAGCUUACCUGGAACCAUGUCAGAAAAUUCUCCAUCUCCUAGUGAAAGAAACAGAAGAGUAAAUUCAGUGACCAAUGGAUUAAUCAAUAAACCCCAACUCCUAGACAGUCGAGAGAGACAGAAGUCAUCAGAUAUCCUGGAGGAACUAAUUGUUCAAGGAAUUAUACAAAGCCACAGCAAAGUAUUUAGAAAUGGAGAAUCAUAUGAUGUCACGUUGACUACGACUGAGAAGCCAUUGAGAAAGCCACCUGCCAGACUGAAAAAACUCAAGAUCAAAAAGCAAGUGAAGGAUUUCACAAUGAAGGACAUCGAGGAGAAGAUGGAGGCUGCCGAGGAGCGCAGGAAGACUAAAGAAGAAGAAAUAAGAAAAAGGCUACAGAGUGACCCACUUUUGCCUUCAGUCAAUCAUUCAGAUUCAGCUGAACUAGGUGGGGCUGAGGUUGCAUUUGCCAAAGAACUUCAAAGGGUGAGGUCUGCUGGAUUUGAACCAUCUGACCUGCAGGGAGGAAAACCAUUGAAGAGGAAGAAGAGUAAAAGUGAUGCAACCUUGAUUGAUAGAAACGAAAGUGAUGAAAGUUUUGGGGUCGUGGAGUCAGACAUGUCCUACAACCAAGCAGAUGACAUAGUCUACUAAGCCAUUUUUUGUGAAUUUCAUAAGAAAGCAUUCAUUCUCCCCAUUUGUGACAUUUGUAGUAUGUCUCAUAUUCUUUGACUGACUGACCUCAUUCCACUGGGAUUUCUGCCUUGGGCUUAAGGAUGAUUGUGUGGGCUGCACAGGCUGAAGGUUAGUUGAGUAAAUUAAGUAGCUAUGCUAGCUUUAAAAAAAGAGUGAGGGGGAGACUUGACCAGCAUAGAUAUUUGGCACUCUCCUUUGUGUGGCUUCAAACAUUAUGGAGAUGUCUUUAAUUUAUAAGUGCCUUCAGCUUACAUGAAUAAGUUCGUGCCAAAUGAAAUCCUUCCUGUUUACUCCUGCCUUGUGGCGGGGUCCAUCCUCUGCUGGUCCUUUAAAACAAAUUGCAUGGAUUUGUAUUAAGUAUUUUAAUGAUUUAUAUGUUUUUUAUGCUGUAUGUCUACGGUUUUAUGAAUUUUUUUCUCUGUGUUGUGAAGGAAUAAAGCAAUGUCUUGAAGUUGGCUGAA